CUGGACCCCACUGGGGGAGCCACUGCUGGACUUGUCCAAAGUGGCACUCCAGGGAUUCACACACACAAAUCAAACCCACGCCUGUUUUAAUCUGGGCAGAUUUGCCUCUGGGCCCAGGGCUGGGAAGCCUCUAAUAGCAUCUUCCUCCUCCUCCUCCACUUUCUCCUCCUGCUCCUUCUCCUGCAGAGCCGCUGGGUGGGGGCUGCCCCACUCCACUGCCGUGGCUGGGGACACCGUCCCCCACCAAAGGCGGGCGAGAGGGAAGGGUCCGAGGUUGGGGCUGGAGAGUGGAGCCAAACCCAGCUCUGGGGGGCAGCGGCAUUCACCUGCUAAGGGCACAGCAGAGCCCCAGGGACAGGGAGUGGUGCAAGGCAGAGCUGGGGAUUGCAAACCAGGAAGGCAAAGUUGGCCCCAGGUUCUGCCGCAAUCCCGGCUCUGUAUAAAUGGCCCGAGUGCGGCCGUCCCGGGCUGUCAGUGAGCGGUGCCGGCCGAGGAUGUGGCUGUGCGUGGCGGCGGUGCUGGCGGGGCUGCUCCUGCUGCGGCGCUGGCACCGGGAGCGGCAGACGGUGCCGGGGCUCCGGGAGAAGCACGUGCUGAUCACGGGCUGCGACAGCGGCUUCGGGAACCUGCUGGCGCGGCAGCUGGACGGGCGCGGGCUGCGGGUCCUGGCCGCCUGCCUGACCGAGGCCGGGGCGGCGCGGCUGCGGGCGGCCACCUCGCCGCGGCUCCAGACCGUCCUGCUGGACGUCACCUCCAGCCAGAGCAUCGCCGCCGCCAGCGCCUGGGUGCGGGAGCGCGUGGGUGACCGAGGGCUCUGGGGGCUGGUGAACAACGCAGGCAUCGCCAUCCCCACUGCCCCGAACGAGUGGCUGAGCAAGGACGACUUCAUGAAGGUGCUGGAUGUCAACCUGGUGGGGCUGGUGGAGGUGACCCUGAGCCUCCUGCCGCUGGUGCGGCGGGCACGGGGCCGCGUGGUCAACGUGGCCAGUGUGAUGGGCCGCGUCUCCUUUUUCGGCGGCGGGUACUGCAUCUCCAAGUUCGGCGUGGAGGCCUUCUCCGACAGCCUCAGGCUUGAGAUGCGCAACUUCGGGGUGAAGGUCAGUGUGAUCGAGCCAGGCUACUUCAACACGAUGAUCGCCAACGUCGAGAACCUGGAGAGAAAUUUUCUUUCCACCUGGGAGAAGCUUCCAGAGGAAAUCAAAACAAGUUAUGGGGAGAAUUACUUGAAGCAGUUUGUGGCGUAUACGAAGAUAAUGCAGAAGAGCUACAACUGCGACCUGUCUCUGGUCACGGACUGCAUGGAGCACGCACUGACCAGCCUCCACCCCCGCGCCCGCUACUCCGCCGGCUGGGACGCCAAGCUGCUCUACAUCCCCCUCAGCUACCUGCCCUCGGCCCUCACGGACAUUGUGUUCACCUUGUUCUUCUCCAAAUCCGUGGUGAAAGCCUAAGGCAGGGAUGCCAGGCUGAGGCACUGCGAUGCCUAAGCCAGGGGCUGGUGACGUGUGGGGGGAUCUGGCGGCGCAAGGUGAGAUCCGACAUCGCCCGAGGCCAUGCUGAGGUCCCCGAGUUUGUUCCCUGCCCACAGACGGCUUUGUCCUGAAUAAAGACCCCCCCAUUACA